AUGGCUCCUCUUACACUCUCCGUUAAGGUCCAAGACUCUGCCAUUUCAGAUGCUUCUACUAAGAGAAAGCAGAACUUGACUGUCAGAAAUUCUUUUGCAUCUGUUACCGUUGGACAGGAAAAGCCAUUUGACUUCUUACGCACUUUGUUUGAGGGUGUUAUUGCAGGUGGUACAGCCGGAGUUGUUGUUGAAACAGCUUUAUACCCCAUUGACACUAUAAAAACACGUCUGCAGGCUGCCCGCGGAGGAGAAAAACUAGUAUUAAAAGGCCUUUAUUCUGGAUUGGCAGGGAACCUUGCUGGUGUCUUACCGGCAUCUGCUCUAUUUGUUGGAGUUUAUGAACCUGUAAAGCAAAAAUUGCUAAGGAUAUUUCCUGAAAAUCUGAGUGCUUUUGCUCAUUUAACUGCAGGUGCUAUAGGGGGCAUUGCUGCAUCUUUUGUUCGCGUUCCAACAGAGGUUGUCAAGCAACGAAUGCAAACUGGGCAGUUUACCUCAGCUUCUAAUGCUGUUCGCUUUAUUGCAUCUAAGGAGGGCUUUAAAGGAUUUUAUGCUGGGUAUGGAUCUUUUUUACUGCGGGAUUUGCCCUUUGAUGCUAUCCAGUUUUGCCUCUAUGAGCAGAUUCGAUUAGGUUAUAUGCUUGCGGCACGAAGAAAUCUGAAUGAUCCAGAAAAUGCAAUUAUUGGUGCUUUUGCAGGCGCACUAACUGGAGCAAUAACCACACCCCUUGAUGUCAUCAAGACAAGGUUAAUGAUUCAGGGGCCUGCAAACCAAUAUAAAGGAAUUGUGGAUUGUGUUCAAACCAUUAUUAAGGAAGAGGGGCCUAGUGCUUUUUUGAAGGGUAUUGGGCCAAGAGUACUUUGGAUAGGCAUAGGUGGUUCGAUAUUCUUUGGCGUCCUUGAGAGUUCAAAACGUUUCCUUUCUGAGAGGCGUCCUACAAAAGCUCCGCGCAUAAAUUCAGAAGAAAAGAAAAAUUAA